AUCAUCCUGCCCAUCUGGUAUCCCGAGGAUCCCUCCAUGGGAGACAAGAUCGCACGGGUCAUUGUGUAUUUUGUGGCAAUGAUCUACAUGUUUCUCGGAGUGUCCAUCAUUGCUGACCGUUUCAUGGCGGCCAUUGAGGUCAUCACGUCCCAGGAAAGGGAAAUUGUCAUCAAGAGGCCCAAUGGAGAAACAACCACGACCACGAUCCGGGUGUGGAAUGAAACCGUCUCGAACCUUACCCUCAUGGCCUUGGGCUCAUCUGCCCCCGAGAUUAUGCUCUCUGUAAUUGAGGUUUGCGGACACGAGUUCAAAUCCGGUGAGCUGGGGCCCUCCACAAUUGUCGGCAGUGCAGCCUUCAAUAUGUUUGUCAUCAUUGGCCUCUGUGUGUCAGUCAUUCCCCAAGGAGAGGUACGCAAGAUCAAGCACCUCAGAGUCUUCUUUGUCACUGCAGGCUGGAGCGUCUUUGCUUACAUCUGGCUCUACAUGAUUCUGGCUGUAUUUUCCCCCAACGAAGUCCAGGUCUGGGAGGGUCUACUCACACUGGCUUUCUUCCCCAUAUGCGUACUCCUUGCCUGGGUAGCAGACAGACGACUGCUCUUCUACAAGUUCAUGCACAAGAAGUAUCGCACAGACAAGCACAGGGGUGUCAUCAUCGAGACGGAGGCCGAACGCUCCAAGGGUAUUGAGAUGGACGGCAAGAUGGUCAACUCUCACUUCAUGGACGGAGGUGCGGCAAGCAACCUUGUUGGUUUGAUCGAGAGCAAAGAGGUGGACGAGUCCCGGCGCGACAUGAUCCGCAUCUUGAAAGACCUGAAGCAGAAGCACCCAGAGAAAGAGUUGGAUCAGCUGGUCGAGAUGGCCAACUACUACGCUCUCUCGCACCAGCAAAAGAGCCGUGCCUUCUACCGCAUCCAAGCCACGCGCAUGAUGACGGGUGCCGGAAAUAUCCUGAAGAAGCAUGUCGCAGAGCAGGCGAAGAAGAGCACCAGCGUGCAGGAGGUGCAUGUGGAGGAGCCCGAAGAGUACGUGUCUCGAAUUGCGUUUGAGCCGGCUGUCUACCAGUGCCUCGAGAACUGUGGGGCCGCCAUACUGACCAUUGGCAGAAAGGGUGGCGACAUCAACAAGACGAUCUACGUGGAUUAUAAGACAGAGGACGGCUCGGCUAACGCCGGGGCGGACUAUGAGUUCACAGAGGGUACAGUAGUGUUCAAACCAGGAGAGAUGUUCAAGGAAAUAAACAUUGGCAUCAUAGACGAUGACAUCUUUGAAGAGGACGAGCACUUUUUUGUGCGGCUCAGUAAUCUGCGUGUCCUGGAGACUGAGGACGAGGUGCUGUCCGCCAACAGUCUCCCCUACCCAAAGGCGAUGCUGGGCUUCCCCAGCGUGGCCACUGUGACCAUUCUGGACGAUGACCAUUCGGGCAUCUUCACCUUUGAAAGCGGCUCAGUGCAUGUCAGUGAAAGCAUCGGUAUUAUGGAAAUGAAAGUGCUAAGGACUUCUGGAGCAAGGGGAACGGUCAUUGUGCCUUAUCGCACCAUGGAGGGACUCGCCAAAGGAGGAGGGGAGGACUUUGAAGACACUUACGGAGAGCUGGAGUUCAAAAACGAUGAGACCUGCAAAGUUAUUCACGUGAAAAUUAUUGACGAUGAGGAGUAUGAGAAAAACAAGAACUUCUUCCUGGAGCUGGCCGAGCCCCGGUGGCCUCGCCGUGGAGUCGCAGCGAGAUUGUUGUCUAGUAACGGUGGAUGGACAACACUUGAUAACCACCAAGAUAAAAAACCUCUGACAUCAGACGAGGAGGAAGCCAGGCGCAUCGCAGAGAUGGGAAAACCGGUGCUGGGGGAGCACUCCAAGGUGGAAGUCAUUAUUGAGGAAUCAUACGAGUUUAAGAGCACAGUGGACAAGCUGAUCAAGAAGACCAACCUGGCACUGGUGGUGGGAACGAACUCGUGGAGAGACCAGUUCAUGGAGGCCAUCACAGUCAGCGCAGGUACUGUAAAAAGACAAGAUGAGGACGAAGAGGACACAGGCGAAGAGCGGCUGCCGUCCUGUUUCGACUAUGUCAUGCACUUCCUCACCGUCUUCUGGAAGGUCCUGUUCGCUUGCGUCCCUCCCACGGACUACAUGAACGGCUGGGCCUGUUUCGUGGUCUCCAUCAUCAUCAUCGGCCUGCUCACGGCCGUCAUCGGGGACCUGGCGUCGCACUUCGGCUGCACCAUCGGCCUCAAGGACUCGGUCACUGCUGUGGUGUUUGUGGCGCUUGGCACAUCGGUUCCAGAUACCUUUGCCAGUAAGGUAUCAGCAGUCCAGGACACCUACGCGGACGCCUCCAUCGGGAAUGUGACUGGCAGCAACGCCGUCAACGUCUUCCUGGGAAUCGGCAUGGCCUGGUCGGUGGCGGCCAUCUACUGGCACAUCCAAGGGAAGCCGUUUGUGGUGGAAGCCGGCUCGCUGGCCUUCUCUGUCACUCUCUUCACCAUCUUCGCCUUCCUGGCCAUCUCGGUGCUGCUUUACCGGCGCCGGGCCCACAUCGGAGGAGAACUGGGCGGGUCCCGGGGACACAGACUGGCGACAACAGCCUUCUUUUUCAGCCUCUGGUUUCUUUACAUCCUCUUCUCCAGUCUGGAGGCCUACUGUCAUAUAGAGGGCUUCUAA